CUUCAAAAAUUGUUUACAUGUGUGCGAGUCCGUGCGAGUGACGGGAAAAUUGUGCGUUCUUUUUCCGCUGUGUGAAAAAUAGCUUCGUUCUUGCAGCAUUUGGGAAAAUUGUGUUAGUUAAAAUGCGAAUGUGUAGACUAUGUUUGGCCCGAGUUUAAAAGGUUCGUCCGGAAACGCUCGGAACGCAAAGGUAAAGCUUGGUACGGCAUCUUCCACCGCUGCAGCGCCCGCAUCUGCCUGUCCAUUGAUCGGCGAAGCGUCCGAAACCACCCGUGCCAGAACACAACAGCGAAGGUGCAGCAUCGGUGCCUUACCACCGAAUGUGGAUGGUCGGCCGCGGGGUACGCUGACAGUCGGGUUCGGUAACUUCCUAGAAUCGCCCCGCGUAUCGGUAGGAGGCGGUCCCACCAGCCCUGGGAUCCGGUGGAACAGCACGAAAGUGUACGCCGCUGUGGGUCUGCAGCUAGUGUGGUGGGGACAGAAGGCGUCCACCCCGGUUGCAACGCUUCACUGGGCAGAGGCAGGCAAAAACAACACCAGCGUCGAUUACGAAGUGCGUACCAGUGCGGAUCUGUUCCGACGGUACCUUAAAAGCUGCGAACCGGUUCGGCUGCGGCUGUAUUCAAAACGCACCGAAACGCUUAUCGGCACCGCAAAGAUACAAAUACCCGAAAAAGUAACUAACUUUACCGAAAACGCAGACCAACCGAUUGUCGCACAAAGCUGUGGCGAAAUUCUAAGCGUACGAGGGUUUAAGCUGGGAGAGCUUUGUUUGGAAUUUGGGCUCAAACUCGAUCCCAAGGAGAUUCCUGCAAAUCCCGCUAGCAAACCCGCCAGCUUGCAGCCCCAGAAAGAGGGAAAAGAAAAUCGCAAAAUGUUGGGCAUCGAGCAGCGGCCCGCGACGGUCCCGUUGAAAACAUUCGCGUCCGCAUCGAAUUCCGCGCUGAUUGUGGAAGGAAAAAUAGCUCCGCUUCAUGAAAGCUCACAGCGUACGCUGGCCGGUGGCAGCUAUCAGCACGCGGCGAAGAAAAAGUUCAACGCAUUGGAUCACGAAUCGAAGCGGAAAGUGUUGGAUUAUUUAACCGGAAAACCGUUCGAUGAUGAACGAUCCCGGGCAUCGUCGGAGCUGUCGGCACUGAGUGAGAUUUGCUCCAUAUCGCCAGCGGAAAGUAUGCUGGAAGCGCUUGCCCGAUACGAUGCUGCACCGGAACAGAACAAGCAACCGUAUCUUCAGGCUGUCGACUGUAUCCGCGUGUUGGUGGAAGGGCUGAGACUUACGCGGGCCGGCAUGAAGGAAAUGCAGCAUCGCACAAAGCAUCAGUGGCUUACGCCGACAACGUCCGGAUUUAUUGUGAAGAUGAAGCUCUCGCGCAAUCCCAACACAACGCUGCUCAAAUUCAGCUCCACAUCGAUGGCUUUCGAUAGUGCGGAGGUUUUGUUCGAAAGCCAACCGAAAACCACUAAAAUUGCCCUCCCGACCAGUGGAGAUGAAGGACUAGCCUUCGAGUUCGGCAUCCAUCUGAACGUUGGCAGUAGCUUCGGAAAGACUCGACUGUUCUUCCUCGGCUCGGCUUCCGUUACACUGCGCGAGCUGUUAGAUGGACGGCUAAGCUGCUACAAACGCUGCCCAGUUCGGUUGGCAUCGGACGAUAUUCUGCUCGGCACGCUAACGCUACGCAUGCACCUGGGACGCCGAGGCCUUCACUUUGGGUCCGAACUGAUCGAUGCCGUAACGGUGGACGAUGGAAACGUGACGCUCGAUACUUCGAGCGAUAGCGACACAUGGGACGGUCCUAUGACAGAGCCUUUAGCUACUGCGCGCCAACCGUAUUCUCACAGGCCACAUUCUUGUGGCCAUCAGCCGAUGGGCUGCAACCAGCUACGGCAUCGUGGCUUAUUUCCACACGCAAGCUGGACAUGUACAAGGCACACCGGUUGCCCAACGGACAAUCAAAGUCCUUCCGAAACGAAGGACACAAACACAACGAAAAAUCAGCAAACGAAUCCUACUGCUAACGAAAAUCGUGACGGAAUGGAGCAGAACGAUCCGAAUGGACCACCCGGCCGUUCCCAGUCCGAUCCAAAACCGAUGGAAAUGGAAACCAGCGCACCGGAAGAUCGUGUAAAGCUUCUGCACGGAAUACUUCACCUCGGGCAGCUUAGGUCACUGCCCGCCAGCGAUUACUUUCUGGUGUGUAACACAUUCUGGACGGACGAACCGACCACCCUAACGUCGGACCUUUGCCCGGAAGGAGGAGAUUUUAACUAUCUCCACACGUUCCCGGUGCUCGCGAAUUCGACCUUUAUCGAGCGUGUCCGCAAUCAGCACAUGAAGGUCGAACUGUGGCAGAAACCACCCGGAGAACCGGAGAAACUCAUCGGCUACACACGCCUGUCGCUGCAUCAAUUCUACAUCGCGUUCCGGGAUGCGCAGUUAAGCGAACAUUUGUCCCACGCAAAGCUUCCGGUCAUUUCGAUCGACGGUUGGAGCGGCAUAACAUCACCACUGGCCGCCGAGCCGUGUGGAGAAAUUAAGGCCAUUCUAGCCAUCGGUACGGAGGGUCAGAUUGAGCAUUUUAAAACCAUGCGGAACCUUCAGCACGUAUCGAGCGACGUUCCGCGCUCGCUGGCCAAUCGAGCAAGCGUGCCCACGUCCGUGCUCGGUUCGCCUACGCGCCGCAUUUACCCACGCCCCGAGCACAAAUCAAUCCAAUCGAUGAACAGCGGCACUAAACAGCCGCAAACGUCCGAAGUAGCGAACAUGCUGUCGGCGUUCAUCGAAAAUCUGGCCCAACGCUUGCCAAUCUCGUCGGAGCGCAGUACGGCACCGAGCUACGAUCAUAGCAACGCUUCCACCGACCACCAACCGAUGGAUGCAGCACCGCACUCCGGCGCAUCACCACACUCCAAUGCUAACAGGCCGCAGCUGCGUAAAACGGCCGAUCUGCUCGACAACCUUCAGAAAGCCCUAUCUCAAAGACCGCCAGCAUCGGCACUGGAUGGGUUCGGUGGGCUGGGCGGGUUGGGCAUGGCAACGCUGCUCGGUGCCGCAACUACUCCGGCCGAUCAAACGCCACCGGCAGCGGGUGCAGUACAGCCGCCCGAUACUGCUGCUCAGCCCGCGGCAGCAAACGACGAUGGUUCUAGUGGUUCCAUGGAAAGCGUUAACGAAUCCCAACCACCAACGACGCUGGAGAGCUCUAGCAGUAGUAAAGCAGCACCGAGCAGCGGAGAACUCACCUCCGUACCGAUCGAUGAGUGUAAAGUGUUCCGGGUUGCGAUCGAAAUCGAGCAGGCGGUGAAUUUGCCGAAGCUCACCAUUAGCAAAAAAUAUGCCAAGCGGCACAAGAAUCGCAACGUUCCCGACACGCUGGAGCUCGAGCCGAGUGCGUAUGCCACGUUUGAGGGGUACAACUUGAAACCCGGCAUGCCAAACACGGUCAAAUCGCACGAAGGAAUUGUGUAUACGACGCACGUGCUGGAGCGUAACUGUGCUCCCGGGUGGCAGAAACGGUUCGAGGUGCAACUUCCGGUCGAUCUGAUGUUGAACGACGAAAAGCGAUUCAUACUGAAGGUUUGGCGGAAGGCGGCGCUAAGCGAUGCACCCAAGUGUCGAUUGCUGCCCGCCCCGAUGGAGGAUGCCGUGAUCGGGUUCUGUGCGAUCGAUCUGAGUGUGCUUCUGUCCGGCAUGCCGUAUAUACUCGGUUGGUACAACAUUAUGGACUUUUCCGGACGCUGCAACGGUCAAAUCAAGGUUAAUGUACAACCGCUGGAAAACGUGCAAGUGUACAAGGCACUCGAUGAGCAGAUGAACUUCCAGAUACCGCUCUCGAUCGACGUGGACUGUACCGCAAUCGGGCUGGAUGCGGCCAACAACACCUCGCUCAGUCGUGCGCUGAAGCGCAAGUUUACUGAGCUGGAAGAAAUCACCGAACGCCUGAAGGCACGCCUGUUCGAUGUGACGGAGGGCGGCGAUGAUGGGGUCGAUCCGGACGAUCAGUUCGAGCGCGAUCUUAACACGGAAGCGGAAGAGGAGGAAGAUGAAUCGUGGCCCGAUGAGUUUGUCGGUGAUACGUCGAAUCAGAAACGCAACAGUCAGUACCCGAACGGGGCACUAACGCUGACCACCAACACAUCGUCCUACUCGAUGUGUGCCACCGAUCGUCGUGUAAACGAUCCGCCGGAAAGGUCCCUCACCGGUUGCUCUAAUCAUAAUCAACCGCGCCGCCAAUCGGCACAGCUGCAGAACCUGGAGGAUCUGAUUCAAACGCACGGCAUCGAUACGCUGAUAAAUCCGGCCAUCAUAAAGAAUCUCCUCAAUCCAUCCAACUCGGACGAAACGCCACCGCUCGGGGAGGGUGCAGGGCUGGAGGGGGCAACCGAUGCGGACAUGAGCGAUACAACUUCCUCGUCCCGCUCGUCGCUGCUUCCGAACGAUAGCAAGCAGGCGACGGGAAGUGGGGACAAAGUAAGACAGAUUGCUUCCGCCCUGCAGCGGACAACCAUUUCCGAUUCGACGAGCCCCGUGAACGCGUCCGCGAAAUGUCGACAGGCACCGGAAGGUGAACCGAUGAAGAAGGACGCUGACAAUUGAUCGGGUGUGGGGCCGAUUCAAGGAAAGCAAAUUUUCAUUUUAAUCUUCUUUUACGCCCCGCCCUUGGGUGAACUUUUUUAAUGUAGCUGUUACUAUUUAUCUAUUGCGCACCGUAUUCUACCCCGCGCCAAUCUUGUACUGUGUUUUUUCAUGCUCGAGAGAAUUCUGAGAUCGUAAAACACAUUUUAAGCAGCAUUUGUAUCCUCGAUUCAAUGAUUCAAUACUAAGGCUUCAAUUAAGUGUAAA